ACAUACAGUGCGCUGCGCUCCGAUGUGCUGCUCGCGGUGCUGUUAAAUGCUGCUAUUGUAUUCUGUACGGGAUUUUAGGUAUCCGUUUGGCUUUACUUCCCAUGCUUUCAGCGACGAAGGAAUGAAGAGGCUUCUCAAUUAACGAUAUUGACAUGAAGAAGGACUUAGAGGUGCUGAUAGCAGAGGAACGUGCCGAGAUCAUCAGUAAAUAUAUUAAGGGUAGGGAUGCAGGUGUUCAGAUUGAUCCUUGGGAGGAUGCAAACUACAGUAUAUAUAGAGUCACAGAUCGCUUUGGGUUUCUUCAUAAAGAAGAACUGCCCAUACCAAGUGUGCUUGAAGAGAAGCAGAAACAGGUGGAGAUUGAUAGGGUGCAGAAAUGGCUGAAGAUGUUGAAGAACUGGAGCAAGUACAAAAAUAGCGACCGGAUGAUUAAGAGGGUAUAUAAAGGAAUACCACUACAGCUUAGAGGGCAGGCCUGGGUCCUGCUACUAGAUGUUGAGAAAGUGAAGAAUGACAAUGCAGGAAAGUAUGAGAGAAUGAAGGAGCAAGCCCAGCUGUACUCUACAGAAAUAAAACAAAUUGAUCUUGAUAUCAACAGGACGUUUCGAGACCACAUCAUGUUCAUGGAUAGAUUUGGCCUGAAGCAACAGUCUUUAUUCAAUGUGCUCUCUGCAUACUCAGUUUAUAACACGGAAGUGAGUUACUGCCAGGGAAUGAGUCAGAUCGCUGCCAUUCUGUUAAUGUUCAUGAAUGAAGAGGAUGCAUUCUGGGCUCUGACGCAGCUGUUGACCAAUCAGAAACAUGCCAUGCAUGGAUUCUUUGUACCCGGAUUUCCCAAACUUCUGCGGUUCCAGAACCAUCAUGACCAGAUUCUUUCCAAACUUUUACCCAAACUAAAGAAACAUUUGGAUAAGGAACAGAUGUCUUGUGGCAUUUACAGCACUAAAUGGUUCCUCCAGUGUUUUAUUGACAGGACCCCAUUCACUUUGACCUUACGUCUGUGGGACAUUUUCAUCUUAGAGGGUGAGAAAGUUUUGACAGCCAUGGCGUACACUAUCCUACAGGUCCACAAAAAACGUUUGCUUAAGAUGUCACUGGAGGACCUGAGAGAAUUCCUGCAGGAGAAGAUAGGAGAAUCCAUCUACCUCAAUGAUGACCUUGUCAUAGAGCAGCUUAAAGUGUCCAUGUCUGAACUUCAGAAAAUGAAGCUAGUCUUCCCACCACCAGCUAAGCCUGAUGAGUUUUCACGGAAGCCUCUAGGUCUGGAGUUCCCAGUAGUUCUGACUCCAUUCAAACUGCCCAAACCAAGCCCUUCAGAAGAUACGCCCAACAAAGCCCAACUCACCAAAUGCCCACCUGCCUCUCUGAACAUCUCUCUAGAGCAGGAGUCCAUCAUGUUGUAUGACAGCCCUCCACAGGACAAAAAGCCCUUCAAAGAUGGAGGCAUAGGCAGUAUGUCACCCCUUCUCUCACCGGACCCUGUUCUUGUACAUAGCCAGAUUCCCCUUACUCUUGACGGAAUGAUAGGGGCCCCUGAGGAUGGCGGGGAAUGGCCCCCUCCAUAUGAACCCCCUAAAAACACCGUCCCAGAGCUUGGUGAAAUGCAAAACCAACCUGUGCUGCAUGACCCUAAUCCAUUUCCAACUUUGGAUGAGGCAUUGCUCUCUGGAAUGUCUCCUGGUGCAAAGCCUUUACAUACACCUCAGAACUUUGAGCAGGACACUUUACAGACAGCAGGGGGCAGUGUGGAGGUUGAUUUACCCUUAGACAAUUUCCAUUUGACGUUUUCAGUUUCCAUGGCUCAUGAAUCACAUCAGCCAAACAGUAUUUCCAAUUAUAAAUAUCUAAUCGAGGGACAGGUGGGAGAUGAUGAAAAUCUCCAGAUGAUCUCUUCAACAGAUUGUGACCAGUCCCAGUUGCCUGUCAAGGAAAUCCUCACAUUUCACUCUGAUCCUCUGUUUCAGCAUCCACCCCAAACCAGCCAAUACCUGCAAAAGUCAGAGACUUUUUAAAGUUACCAGCCAUCAUUUUUUACCCCGGUGCAUUGCCAGUGUUCUGUUGGAAAGCAUACAGUUAAUGCUUUUUGUUGUUGCUUGGCUUGUAGUUGUAGGGGUAGAAGAAGCAUUAUGUACUUUUAAGACCAGAAUGCAGCCCUUAAAAGCUCAACAUACUGCCAGGAUAAAGCAUUCAUAACAAGUGAGCUGGCUCACUGCUCAAGACAGAACUAUAGCCAACUAUAUUAUGAACAACUGCCUUCUGACUUUUCUCCCCCAAUAUCAAGGCUGGAUGUGGGUACUCCAACACCACCAAUAUCAAUAUUGCAAUAUAAUGUAACAUUAUAAUAUAAUGAAAUUAUAUGAGCUGUAAUAGAGUUGUUCUUAACUGCACUCUGCAAGAGACAUUUCCACUAGAGCAUGUUGUCUUGAAACAUGCAAAAUAUCAUCAGUCAUUCGCUUAUAUGAUAUGGCUUGCAUAUAUACUAGAGAUGUAUUUAUUUAUUUAAAUCAUUCCAAUCCAUGUUACAGUAGAUUGCCUUUUAUGAUAAGUAAACAAGUUACUGUAUAUACUUGUAGUCUGUGGUCAUUUUAUUUGGCAGUUUGAAAUUGGCUCUGUCUGUGAUAUGAUUGUUUGUUGAUGCCAGCUUUUUGAUAAAAUGCCAAUUUUGCAAAGUUAAUUGCCAAUAUUUAUAAUUCUGUUAGAAAACACCACUAAUGGUAAAUAGUAUAACAGAAUGUGCAGAUUUACAAAUGAAUAAGCCUCAAAAUGAUUACUUGACAUAGCUGCAGUUAUGUAGUCUUUGUAAUGUACUUUCAUUAUAGAAGAACUGAUGGCAAUAGAAAACAUGGCCUUUAAAGGAAUAUUUUGUGUUUAAUACAAGUUAAGCUCAAUCGACAGCAUUUGUGGCAUAAUGUUGAUUUAACUUUUUCCUCCUUUUCUUAAAAAAAAGCACAAAUCUAGGUUACAGCGAUGCACUUACAAUGGAAGUGAAUGGGGCCAAUUUUUGAAAGGUUUAAAGACUGCAAUUUGAAGCUUAUAAUUUUAUAAAAACACUUACAUUAAAUAUUCUGUUUAAACAUGUGUAUUAUUUGAGCUGUAAAGUUGUUUGUUCAUCAUUUUUACAGUAAUUUUAGGGUUUGUACAUCACUAUGGCAACGAAGUUGUAAAAUUGGCUGUAACUUUACACAGAAAAGGUUAGUACGUGAUUUUAUCACAAAACAAAUCAUGUUAACAUGCAUAUUGUUUAUCUCUUGUGCCUAUACUUUUGAAACAGUGGGUAUUUAAUGUUUAUGUAUUGGCCCCAUUGACUUCUAUUGUAGUGCCUCACUGUAACACAGAUUUUUUGGCAUUUAAGAGACAGAGGGAUGAAUGAAAACACAAUUUUGGAAUAUUGCUUUAAUUCUGUAAGAUUGAACAAUAUUUGUCUGGUUAUUUCUAACCACAACUUGAUGUACAUUUAUAUGUACUUGUUUUUCAGCUGAGGGAAUAUUUUGUACAUUUAGAAUUAGUAUUGUAUUUUAAUGCUUAUAGGAUUGUGUGUGUGUGUGUGUGUGUGUGUGUGUGUGUGUGUGUGUAUGUGUGAGCGUGUAUUUAUCACUUUGUGGGGACCAAAUGUCCCCAUAAGGAUAUUAAAACCCGAAAUGUUUGACCUUGUGGGGACAUUUUGUCGGUCCCCAUGAGGAAAACAGCUUAUAAAUCAUACUAAAUUAUGUUUUUUGAAAAUGUAAAAAUGCAGAAAGUUUUCUGUGAGGGUUAGGUUUAGGGGUAGGGUUAGGUUUAGGGGAUAGAAUAUAAAGUUUGUACAGUAUAAAAACCAUUAUGUCUAUGGAAAGUCCCCAUAAAACAU